AUGCCCGACGAGGAAGAUCCAAUGGGACUGUCCAAUCCAGGUGAGGAGGUAUUUUGGUGUGUGGGUGAAUAUCAGGACAAUUGGGUUGUUCACCUAUCGAAGUCCAUGAAGGACAAAUCGCACGACCUCAUGAUAUACGAUGUUGCAGAAGGUGGAAAUUCAACAUAUGAUCUCCGAGAGCAGGCUCUCCAAUUAGAAUCGAUGGUCGAUGAUGAUCUUGUGAGAGUGGAUGAGAGCGCUAUGUUAGUUCUAUGGAUAGGUAUCAAUGACGUAACUAUGAAUCUUCAGAACCCCACGUUGGACAUUGAAAUGUAUAUGUUGGAGGAAACCUUGGAUAGGAUGUAUGCGUUAGGCUUAAGAAACUUGGUAUUGAUCGAUGUUCCUCCAAGAAGGCCAUCGAUGUCAUCCGCUUCGUUCAUGGAGGCUAUCUCUUCACGAAUAUCCCAAUGGAACGACCUACUGCCAUCUCGAGUGCAACACUGGCUAUCGAAACCUAACACCACCUCAAAAAUCUUCUCUGCUCACGACGUAUUCACAGAGAUAUUCGAUGACCCCACCAAAUAUGGGUUCAAACAUGAAGAUCCGGGCGAAUCUAGCGGCGGCAUAUGGGUCGAUGGGUUACAUCCUACCUCGCAGGUCCACAAGGUCCUAGCGGACGAGCUCGAGAAAUUCUUGAGUGUGUGA